AUGCUAUCGUAUGAGCCGGGGGAAGACGAGGCUACGGACCCGGCCCCUAUCUAUAUCAGCUCGAAGGGGAGAAACGAGUACACGGGGACUAACGAAUACACAGGGACUAACGAGUACACGGGGCCGGAUGAGGUACUUCGUCGGGCCGUGCUCGACGAAGAGACGCUUAGUCGGUUUGAGGCCCGGCUCGAGGCGAUGCGUGGCUGCUACCUGCUCUGCCGUAUCGAGGGGGGAAGGCCGUUUAAACACGCCGCUGCUACGUGUGGCCGGCGGUGGCCGUGGAUCCGGGCCAAGGAGAAGACAAUCCGGGCCUGCAAGGACGAGGGCAAGCCGUGGAUGGCCAAGUUCACGGCGUGUUAUCGCUGCUAUCUCCCCCAGGCGAUCUGCACCAUGGCCGAUCCGGAGGCAAGGGCUGCCACGAACGAGAGCGCGGAGUGUCGGUUCCGCGAUAUGAUCAUACCACGGGGUCGGGCGGGUCGUUGA